AUGAAAUAUCUGAUAGAAAGGAAUAAUCAAAAGAAUGGCAAACUUUUGGAUGGACAGACAAACUAAAUACGGACCAAGAGAAUACCUAGAAGACCUCAUGAUCAAAUGCAACAUCUAAUAGGAAAACAAAAUCAAAUGGGCAACUAUAAGAUCCUUCGUGCUCCUUUGAUAAUCAACUAAAAAAUUGAAGUUAAUGAGAAAUGUAAAUAGAUAAAUUUCUUUAAUAUUUUUGAAAAAAAACAGAUUUUUAAAAUAAUCAGAAAUCGCAAGAAUGUGUGUGCAGUCAGAUUUAAACAGAAAAUGAAAUUAUAGCAAUUUCAACAUCUACUUCAAGACACACUAUCAUGUCACAUUUUUUUUUAUAAAUCAAGUGAUUUUCCUUAAAAAGAAUCCUACUACCUUUUACAACAACUUUUAAAACCAAUAUUUGUCUAUUCAUGUUAAGAUCAACAAAGAUAACGACCUACAUUAUAUAUGGCUUAACAAGACAUACUUCUAACUAUUGCAUAUACAGACAAAGAAAAGGAUAUUGGAGUAGUAAGAACUAACUGGAGUGAAUAUGUAAUGAAUAUUAAAGGAGGAAGAGUUUAUGAGGACUCCUCAAGUGAAAGAGAAUUUAUCAUCGAGACUAAUAUAUAUGAUGAAAGACAAUAAAUUAUCGAAGUAAAGAGUGUUAUUUUAAUUGAAGAUAACAAGUCAGGAUAUUUUAUCCCAUGAAAUCCAUAUGGCCCUACAACAAGAAACUGAUGAAGUGGAUGAGCAGUAAAGAGCCUUCAUCUUAAAACGAAUGGAACUUAUUAGUAAAUGGAAAGAGAAGAUAUUUUCCAUUACAUUAGAAGAGAUUUCUGAUAAACAAUACAAAGAGAGAGACUUCCACGCCCCUAAUCACAAUAUCUCAUAAUAUGAUCUUCUUCGACUUUAUAAUGUUGAUAUGAUUCCCUUUCAAAAAUAAAUGCUCCAAAUAAAUUUCGCAAGAGAGAAGGCUAUAGAUAAUGUAGGAGGCCAUAAUAAAACAAGUCAAACAUUUAACUUCUUACACAAGAGAAAAAUUUUUCUGUAAUAUUAUAUAAGGAAAAGAAGUAAUUAAAAUUGA